ACCUACCACUGAUGCCCGAUGCUCUACAAUCAACUUCCCAGUCUACCCCCUUCGAUCUUUUCCUCCCGCCGUGAAAUAUGGGCGAAACUAAUGAGCAGCCCGUGGAAACUGAAGUUCAAACCCAAGGCUCUGCUGAGGCCCCUAUGGAAGCAGAGGAGAUGCCUGAUGAACAAGAGUUGAAUGAACGUGAACAUGAACGUCCACCAGAGGAAGCACAGGCUGACUUACCACUCUAUCGCCCACUACCACGGCGCUCGGAACGCACUCCAGCCUACACUCAAGCUUUCCUGGACUGGAGAAGGUCUAUCUCAAAAGAUGGCCCCAAUCCCGAUCUGAAUUUUCGAAUGGAAGCCCUGUCCAUAGCAAACUCCAUUGAGCCCUACGAACCUCAUACUCUCAAGGAGGCAAUGUCAUCCGAACAAGCGGAGCUGUGGAAAGUGGCGGCAGAAGACGAAUAAAAAUCGCUGAUGGACAACAAAACAUGGAAACUUGUCCAGCACCCAGCAGGCCGGAACGUCAUCCGAAGUAAAUGGGUGUUCAAGUUCAAGCCA